CGGGCGGCUACGCCUGCAACCUGUCCGAUGGGUGACCCAGUCAACGGCAGCCGCUUGGCACAAAACGUCAGUGCCACCGGUUGCUGUAGCCCUAGUGACAGACCACUCGUAGAAACCCAAUUGCCGAUCGCCGAUCUCCCAGCCUCGCAUAUCACAGCUCGCCUCAGCCCAAACCUAAACAAGCCGAUCCGACGAACCACCACCUCAAGAAGUCACCUGCGGCGCUUGAACCACAACGGAUUUGCAGGUACGAGUGCUCAGAUUUGGAUUAUAAUCUACCAAAACACCCAAAUACAACGUAGUCUCAGAGUCUAA